AUGGAAGAAGAUGAACUCUGCUUCCCACAGCUCCUCAACACCUCCUGCAAGAAGCCGAAGCCUCCUCCCUCUGAGGCUGUGUUCAUUUACAUCCUGCUGUUCUUCAUCUCUGUGCUGACUGUCAUUCUCAACCUGCUGGUCAUCAUCUCCAUCUCCCACUACAGGCAGCUCCACUCCCCCACCAACCUCAUCCUCCUCUCUCUGGCGGUCUCAGACUUCUUCGUGGGCCUCCUGGUGAUUCCGUUUACUAUCCUCACAUCAGGGACCUGCUGGGUCCUUGGUGACCUCAUGUGUGCUCUGUAUUUUCUCUUACCUUACAUCCUUGUUGUUGCCUCUGGGUUAAACAUGGUGCUUGUAUCAGUCGACCGUUAUGUGGCUAUUUGUGACCCCAUGCAUUACUCCACCAGGAUCACUGAUAAAGUUGUUAGCAUCAGUGUUUGUGUGUGUUGGAUCUGUUCUAUUUUCUACGGCAUUUUCAUUUCAUAUGAUCACCUGAAACAACCAGGUCGGUAUAAUUCCUGCUAUGGAGAGUGUCUGGUUAACGUUGUAGGAGAAGUGGAUCUUGUGACGUUCAUCAUUUCCAUUACAGUCAUUGUAGCUCUGUAUAUGAGAGUGUUUUUUGUGGCAGUGUCUCAGGCUCGUGCCAUGCGCUCUCAUGUUGAAACCACAGCCCAGUAUUCAAUGACCCUGACAAUGAAGAAGUCUGAGCUGAAAGCAGCCAGGACUCUUGGUGUUGUUGUAGCUGUGUUUCUGAUUUGCUAUUGUCCAUACUACAUUUUUAUUCUCACAGGCAACAUCUUGGUUGGUUCUUCAACUGAGGCCUUUAUGAGCUUUCUGAUGUAUUUUAACUCCUGUCUGAACCCUGUCAUCUACGCCUUCUUCUACCCCUGGUUUAGAAAAGCUGUAAAACACAUUGUCACUCUUCAGAUCCUGCGGCCUGACUCCACUGAGACCAACAUACUGUAG